AGGGCAGGGAGCGAUGCUCCGUGCACUCGGAGGAAGUGUGAGCACCGCUGCCCGCUGAGGGCCAGACGCCCCUGGCACUGCCAGCAGCUGGGCAAGCUGCGUCUGCAGCGCCGACAUGGGCACCGCUGCGGGACUGCAGUCUGCUGAGAGGACCUGGGCUCUGGGCUCUCGUGGCAUCUGCUACCUGGGCAUCGCUGCCAUCGCAUGGGGCACAGUGACGUGGGUGGAGGUGGGUGCCUGGACAUACCACUACAGUGACCAAGGAGACUACACGUGGGAGCAAGCCAGGAACUACUGCCAGACCUUCUUCACUGACCUAGUGGCAAUCCAGAACAAGCAGGAGAUUGAGUACCUCAAUAAGAGCCUGCCCUUCCAUGGGCGCUACUACUGGAUUGGCAUCCGCAAGCUGAGUGGCACCUGGACCUGGGUGGGCACCAGGAAGGCACUGACAAAGGAGGCAGAGAACUGGGCAGCUGGGGAGCCCAACAACCGCCGCUCCAACCAGGACUGCGUGGAGAUCUACAUCAAGCGGCAGCAGGAGUCGGGCAAGUGGAACGAUGAGUCCUGCAACCGUAAGAAAAAGGCGUUGUGCUACAAGGCCUCCUGCCAGCCCUUCCCGUGCAGCCAGCGCGGCGAGUGUGUGGAGACCAUCGGGAGCUACCGCUGCGAGUGCUACCCUGGCUUCUACGGCCCCGAGUGCGAGCACGUUGUGCAGUGUGCCAAGCUGGAGCCCAGGGGAGUGCACAUGAACUGCAGCCAUCCCUAUGGAGACUUCAGCUACAACUCUACCUGCGCGUUUGGGUGCCAGGAGGGGUUCGAGCGACGAGGGGCGGGCACCCUGCAAUGCCUGGCUUCCCAGCAGUGGUCAGCAGAGAUCCCCACCUGCACAGCCAUCACCUGCCCGGUGCUCAACGCUCCAGAUCGAGGAGAGCUGAACUGUUCCCACCUCCACGGGGACUUUGCCUUUGGCUCCACAUGUGCCUUCUCCUGCCAGAUGGGGUUUGCACUGGUGGGGUCAGAGAGCCGUCAGUGCACGGCCACAGGGACCUGGACUGGGGAUGCCCCACGCUGUGAAGCCAUCACCUGCCCCGUGCUCAGUGCUCCAGACCGAGGAGAGCUGAACUGCUCCCACAUCCAUGGGGACUUUACCUUCGGCUCCACCUGUGCCUUCUCCUGCCAGACGGGGUUUGCACUGAUGGGGUCAGAGAGCCGCGAGUGCAUGGCCACAGGGACCUGGACUGGGGAUCCCUCACGCUGUGAAGCCAUUGCCUGCCCAGUGCUCAAUGCUCCAGACCGAGGAGAGCUGAACUGCUCCCACCUCCAUGGAGACUUUGCCUUUGGCUCCACCUGUGCCUUCUCCUGCCAGACGGGAUUUAUGCUGAUGGGGUCGGAUAGCCGCGAGUGCACGGCCACAGGAACAUGGACUGGAGAUUUCCCACACUGUGAAGCCAUUGCCUGCCCGGUGCUCAGUGCUCCAGACCGAGGACAGCUGAACUGCUCCCACCUCCAUGAGGACUUUACCUUCGGCUCCACCUGUGCCUUCUCCUGCCAGACGGGGUUUGCACUGAUGGGGUCAGAGAGCCGCGAGUGCAUGGCCACAGGGACCUGGACUGGGGAUCCCUCACGCUGUGAAGCCAUUGCCUGCCCAGUGCUCAAUGCUCCAGACCGAGGAGAGCUGAACUGCUCCCACCUCCAUGGAGACUUUGCCUUUGGCUCCACCUGUGCCUUCUCCUGCCAGACGGGAUUUAUGCUGAUGGGGUCGGAUAGCCGCGAGUGCACGGCCACAGGAACAUGGACUGGAGAUUUCCCACACUGUGAAGCCAUUGCCUGCCCGGUGCUCAGUGCUCCAGACCGAGGACAGCUGAACUGCUCCCACCUCCACGGGGACUCUUCCUUUGGCUCCACGUGUGUCUUCUCCUGCCAGACGGGGUUCGCACUGAUGGGGUCAGAGAGCCGCGAGUGCACAGCCACAAGGACAUGGACUGGGGAGGAUACACGCUGUGAAGCCAUCACCUGCCCAGUGCUCAGUGCUCCAGACCGAGGAGAGCUGAACUGUUCCCACCUCCAUGGAGACUUUUCCUUUGGUUCCACCUGUGCCUUCUCCUGCCAGAUAGGGUUUGUACUGGAGGGGUCCGAGAGCCGCGAGUGUGCAGCCACAGGAGCAUGGACUGGAGAUUUCUCACACUGUGCAGCCAUCACCUGCCCGGUGCUCAGUGCUCCAGACCAAGGACAGCUGAACUGCUCCCACCUCCACGGGGACUUUUCCUUUGGCUCCACAUGUGCUUUCUCCUGCCAGACGGGGUUUGCACUGAUGGGGUCAGAGAGCCGCGAGUGCACAGCCACAGGGACAUGGACUGGGGAGGUUCCACACUGUGAAGCCAUUGCCUGUCCAGUGCUCAACGCUCCAAACCAGGGAGAGCUGAACUGUUCCCACCUCCAUGGAGACUUUUCCUUUGGUUCCACCUGUGCCUUCUCCUGCCAGACGGGGUUUGCACUGGUGGGGUCAGAGAGCCGUCAGUGCACAGCCACAGGGACCUGGACUGGGGAUGCCUCACAUUGUGAAGCCAUCACCUGCCCGGUGCUCAGUGCUCCAGAUCGAGGAGAGCUGAACUGCUCCCACCUCCAUGGAGACUUUUCCUUUGGUUCCACCUGUGCCUUCUCCUGCCAGAUAGGGUUUGCACUGGAGGGGUCCAAGAGCCGCGAGUGUGCAGCCACAGGAACAUGGACUGGGGAUGCCCCACGCUGUGCAGCCAUCACCUGCCCGGUGCUCAGUGCUCCAGACCAAGGACAGCUGAACUGCUCCCACCUCCACGGGGACUUUUCCUUUGGCUCCACAUGUGCUUUCUCCUGCCAGACGGGGUUUGCACUGAUGGGGUCAGAGAGCCGCGAGUGCACAGCCACAGGGACAUGGACUGGGGAGGUUCCACACUGUGAAGCCAUUGCCUGCCCAGUGCUCAACGCUCCAAACCAGGGAGAGCUGAACUGUUCCCACCUCCAUGGAGACUUUGCCUUUGGCUCCACCUGUGCCUUCUCCUGCCAGACGGGGUUUGCACUGGUGGGGUCAGAGAGCCGUCAGUGCACAGCCACAGGGACCUGGACUGGGGAUGCCUCACAUUGUGAAGCCAUCACCUGCCCGGUGCUCAGUGCUCCAGAUCGAGGAGAGCUGAACUGCUCCCACCUCCAUGGAGACUUUUCCUUUGGUUCCACCUGUGCCUUCUCCUGCCAGAUAGGGUUUGCACUGGAGGGGUCCAAGAGCCGCGAGUGUGCAGCCACAGGAACAUGGACUGGGGAUGCCCCACGCUGUGCAGCUAUCAAAUGCUCAGCACUGGCCAGCCCCAAGAUGGGCCAGGCUGCCUGCUCCCACCUCCAUGGCGACUUUUCUUUUGGCUCCACGUGUGCCUUCUCGUGCCAGACAGGGUUUGUGCUGAUGGGGCCGAAGAGCCGCAAGUGCAUGGCCACAGGGACCUGGUCUGGGGACACCCCACAAUGCAGAGCCACCAGCUGCCCAGCGCUGGACCCCCCCAGCAGAGGCCAGGUGAGCUGCUCUCACCCGCAUGGGAACUUCACGUACAACUCCACAUGCACCUUCUCCUGUGAGGAGGGGUUUGUUCGGAUGGGAGCAGAGGUGCUCCGGUGUACAGCCACGGGGAACUGGACCAGACAUCCCCCAGUCUGUGCAGAGGAUGGUGCCCCCUUCUUAAAGCAAGUCCUGGCUUACAGCAGCGGCACAGCUCUGGUAGUAGGUGGCAUCGUGCUCUCGGGUGCGCUCAUUGCCCUCCUCGCCAAGCGGCUCAGUGACAGAGAGGAGAAGAAGAAGCUUCUGAACCCUACCAGUGACCUAGGAUCACCCGGCAUUUUCACCAAUGCAGCGUACGAUGCCAACCUGUAAGGGUGAAAGACCCCGAUUUCUAAGGUACAUCAGGAGCACACCAGCCCUGGCUCUCCUGUGCUUCCAGCCUGGCCGUGACCAAACCCCACCGUGUCCCCCGGCGCUGCAGGCCCAGCAUGAGCUGUGGCCGGGACCCUGCAGGACCUCGCACCCCGGACCCGUGCUGCCGGGUGGAGACACCACCCACGCUGCGUGUCCACCGCCAUUCCCCCCCAACACACACGGGGCGCGGAGCCGCCUUCCCGCACCCCCCACGCGUGACGACCAGCCCGGGGCCCUGGGCCGCCUCCACCGCCGCCAGCCCCUUCCCUCAGGGAACUGCCCUCCCCUCGGACGUGCCCCCGCGGGUCCCCUUCCUCCCUCCUCCCCUCCGACUCGUGCUUGUGUCAGCAGGGACUGAAUAAACGCCUGUUUCUAA